AUGUUUGACUUGGUCGGUCUCCUGGUUUGUGUUUUCGCCCACACGCUGGAAUACGCACCACUUGCUCUCAUCGGUUACUGCGUCUGGUUUCAGGUUGAACAAGUUUUGUUUAAGCGCAAGUUGGCUGCCUACAAGCCAGUUCCAAUUCCUGAAAUCUGUCCCUACACCUCCGACCAAGUAAGUGUCAUUGCCUGCACUGUCGACACUCUCCUCGCCAGCUCCCUCCGUACUUGGUUGGCAAACAACCCACUUGAGGUGAUUAUCGUCACAGUUCCUAAGCACAUCGAGCAUAUUCGCUUAGUCGUGGAUAAUGCACAGCUCACACCUGCCGACUUUGAGAAAGUCACAAUUGUUGCCUCACCAGAAAUGGGUAAGCGUCCGCAGUUAGUACUUGGAAUCAACAAUGCUCGUGGCUCGGUUUUCGGCCUUGUUGAUGAUCACAUUGCAUGGGGACCACGUUUCUUGGAGGCAAUGUUGCCUUGCUUCCAAGAUCAACGCGUCGGUGCCAUUUCCCCAGAAAUUGAUGCCAUCAUUCCAGAAGAGCGUCGUAAUCCUGACAUUAUUUCGCCCUGGGAGGUAAUGGCAAUGCGGGUACGAUGGAACAGCAACCCACGACUGAAGGUUGCCUAUGCUGCAGCACGAUGGGCAUGGGGUAUCUGUGGCGUCACUGGUGUUUACCGCGCUGAAAUCCUCAAGGACCCUGUCUUUAUUGAUGCCUAUAGAAACGAAUUGUGGUUUGGCAAGAAGAUCGACAUCGGUGAAGACAACUUCAUUUCUCGCUGGUUGCAAUCACAUGACUGGAUCAUCGCUAUUCAAGCUCUACCAGAGACUGUUGUGUCCCGCACUGUCAAGAGGACAUCCGAUUUCCUGCUGCAGAUGUGUCGAUGGGAACGCAGCACAAUCUUAACCCACCUGCGACAACUAUUAGAGGUCAAGCGAACUCGGAGAUCCCUCUUUGUCUUUCGUAAGACUUUGGGUCGGAUCAUUCGACCUGUGAUUACAUGGACGUAUAUCUUCUUCUUCACCCUAUCGAUGUGGACUAAGCCUAUUGUACCCCUUAUCAUCUUCGUCUUCUACGUUCACAAGACUUACCCAACUUACGAGUUCUUCUUCGCUAAGCAUCCCUAUAUGCGACGAUACUGGUGGGCUGUCAUAGCCCAGGACUUAUUCCAUGUCGUUCAGGACCCCAUAUGCUGGCUUACGCUAGGCAACGUCACAUGGGAGGCGCGCAAGGUCACAGCUGAGGAGCAGAACAAUAUCAAAUAG